AUGGAAAGGCCUUUAAAGAACGCGCUUCUGAAGAUCUCGUACAACGGGAGGGACUACCACGGAUUUGCCAUGCAGCCAGGCCUCCUGACAGUAGAACACUUCCUCGUGAGUGCCCUCGUGAAAUCCGGGCUCCUAAAGACCCAAGAACCCGCGAAAACAGAGACUUACUCCCCAGAAGUCCUCCAAAGACUCGCUGAAAUGCGGUAUCACAAGUGCGGGAGAACGGAUGCAGGCGUCUCAGCAGCAGCCCAGUACGUAUCCCUCCUCCUGCCAGCUCCCACCUCCGGAGAGUACCCGUACGAUCUAAUGCUGAAUCAGCACAUGCCAAAAAGCAUACGCGUUCUAGGGUGGAUGUUCGUCCCAGAGGAGUUCAGUGCAAGAUUCUCGUGCACUUCCAGGGAGUACGAGUACUACUUUGCCCUGACUCCGGAGAUGUCGAUCGAAAAGAUGCGGAUAGAAAGCCAGAAACUGAUCGGAAAAAAGUGGUUUGGUCGCCUGAGCAGGCCCGAGAAGGAGUCCUCGAAGAAGAAGCGCCUGCAAAAAUUCGGAGGAAACUCCCCGAGGGCGGAGGACGCUGUAAGAACCGUCGAGAAAAUUGAAUUUCUAAAAAUUUCAGAAAGUCCGGGGGCGAACGUGUGGGCCAUGCGGAUUCGGGCGCGGUCUUUCCUGCACAAUCAAGUCCGGAAAAUAUUCGGGCUUUUACACGCGAUAGGAAACGGGAAGAACCUGCGGGUGGAAAAUGUCCUGAACAGGGAGGAAAAGCAGGAGGUGGAAGUGCGCCUGGCAGAGGCUGAGCCGCUGGUUUUAGCUGCUUGCACCUUCCGCGGGGCUGACUUGUCGCAGCUCAAGAAGUCUCCUGGGGGGAGAAGGCACUCCCUCCGGAAAGUCUGCGAGGAAGUGAUGGUUUCCUCCCGGGUGAGUGAGAGAGUGGCCUCAGAAGAGUUCACGGAGUCCAGAACUCUGAGGGAAUAA